UUCUGUUCCAGGAGAGCCUCGCUUCCUUGAGCCGCGGGAGGGGGAUAUUUAGGUAGGGCUCCCGAGAGCCCACGGCGGGCACUGCCGAGAAGGUUCAUGGGGCCUCGGGCGGAUGGGAUGCUGGGGCCUCUCCCGCUGCUGCUCCCUGCCAGGACUCCCCCGUUGGUGUGCGGGGCUCCCGUGGGCAAUGUGCCGGGACCAGGGCAGGAGCCCAACGAGAUGCUCACCCACAUAGAGAGAUACUCAGCAAACUCAGACCCACUUCAGAGACUCUGUCAUGGUAGUACCAAGCAGAACCUGAUGGUGUCUGUGCGGCGGUCUUUAGAUACUGCUGUGAAGAAAAGUAAGAAGAAUAUUUUCUGGGGUAUUGAAGUAGCUGAGGUGCUCAUCUGGCAAGGAUGGUGUUUGGGAAAAGAAUUCACCAAGCACCUAAUUUUGAGAAAUGUGUGUCUGAAAACCCAGAAGCUAAGAUUCAGACCUCCUACUACACGUUUCUUCAUCACCAUUUUCCCACAGCCCAUUAUUUUGAGUCCUGGGAUGUCUAUAACUCUGCCCAUUAUCUUCCGCCCUUUGGAAAAGAAAGAAUACGAAGAUAGCAUCACCUUUGAAAAGCCGGAAGGAGAAUUCUCUGUCGUGCUGCAUGCCAGGCUACCACAUCUUGAUUUGCUUUUCCCAGAAAGCAUCCAGCUUCCCUUAUGUGCUGUUCAUGACACCACAGAGGCCUCUUUUACCAUGUACAAUGAUGGGGAUCUGCUGACAUGUUUUAGCUGGAAGGCACCAAAGUCUUUCUGCCUUCUGCCUACACGUGGCAUUUUGGACCCUGGAGAAAAGUGUACAGUGAAGGUGAUCUUUCAGCCUGAGAUGGCUCUAGUGCAUGAUGUAGUGGCAAUGUGCAGUUUUGGAGAUACUCAGGAGAAGGCCAUCAGGCUGAAAGCUGUUGCUAAACAUCCCCAUCUGCUGGUGAAUGUGCCAGAAGCCUCAUGUGAAAAUGCCGAGCUUCCAGUUUUCCACGAUGUGCUUUGCUUUGGCUCUGUUGCUGUUGACAGCAUUUCUGAAAAAUACGUGGAGAUCCACAAUGUUUCUGUGGUAAAUGCACCAUUCAAGAUAGAAAGAGUAAAGGAUAUGACACAACGUGAGAGUGAUCCUGUCUUCUCUUGUGAUGUUACCCAAGCCUCCAUUCCAGCUCGUGGAUCAUUAGUUAUCCCCUUCAAGUUCAGUCCACACACUGUGGGUAUGAAGAGUGUGGACUAUUUCUCUGUUGUGCCACCUGGGAAAAGUGGACAUUCUGUGCUGAAGGUGACAGGAUCAUGCAAAGGUCCUGAGGUUUCUUUCCAGCACCCCUUUGUCUAUUUCAGCUGCAUUAACCUUGGAGAAUACUUAGUGCAGCCCUUAGAGAUCAUCAAUACCUCUGAUGUACCAGCCUUCUAUCAAUUUGACAUUGACUGCGAACAGAGUGUCUUCUCCAUUGACUGCCCCUAUGGGAUUUUGGAUGGCAGGUCUAGUGUAACACUGAAGGUGACUUUCCAACCCAGCCACCCAAUAAUUUGCCACCGGCGGGUGGCUUGUCUUGUUCACCAUCAGGACCCACUGUUCCUCGAUUUGGUUGGGACCUGUCACACGGAAACAACAAGCCCAGUCAUUCUGACACUGAAGCACCUUACCCGCUACAGGACUCACAUGGCCAGAGGACUGACCUUUUUCCCACCCGAUAUCCUAGGCACCAUGCUGAAAGAAGGCAAGCUGUUGAUGGAUGAAAAUGGAGCUCUUACACUCCCCCCAGAGAUUCUGGAGGAUAAGCCCCCUGAGGAAUACCCUGUUAUUGAGCCCAUGGUUGAAUAUUUCCAUGAUGGCAUAAGCAGUGAUUUCACCUUGUUUCCUCCCCAUGUCAGCCUCAGUGUUAAGGAGUUUGAUUUUGGUUGUUGUGCAAAACUCCAAGACGUAGACCCACUUCCUCUGUGUGUGGCCAAUCACACGAAGGGAAAGAUCACUGUGAUAUGGACAAACAAGCCAAAUAGCCCUUUCCAAGUGAUCCCAGAGAGUUGUGACAUACCACCUCUGAAGACAAUGGCUUUCCACAUCACUUUUCAGCCUCCUCAACUCAAUUCCUUGUAUGCAGCAGAACUGGAGGGCUUUGCUUUUUAUAAGGUGCUCCGACACUACAACAACAUUGAGGAGUCCAUCACAAUGUGCCCAUCCUGGAGCUUGACCAUUCGCUUGCGUGGACACACAUUUCAACCUGGACGGCAACACUUCAUUCCACAGUACACCAUCGACUGCCACAAGGUCUUCCCCCCAGUGUGCCAGAGCAUGACCACCUAUUGUAGUAUGCUGAUCUCCAAUGUGGGCAGCACAGCGAUCAGCUUCCGCAUGAGCCGGGAAAAGUGCCCCUCUCUCCUGGUGAAGCCUAGCUGUGGCUACAUUGCACCAGGAGCCCAUCAGAUUUUGGUCCUCUCCACCUGCCCAGCGGACACAUCCCCACAACAGCACAUCUUGUCCAUGCAGCUCAAUUUUUCAUCUGAAUUCAAUGAGGAGAUCAUCCUCCAGAGCCAGGCUGAGCCUCUCAUCUUGCUCUUAGAAGGUGAUGGCAAACUGUACUUCAAGCCCACUUGCGUGGGUACCACCUCCUCACGCACCUGCACCAUCAAAAACUGCUCAAGGUUAUCCGUGCGCUUCAGAUGGAAAAUUCAGCCGUCAGACAAAAAGCUCCUGUCUGUCCAGCCAACUGAAGGGACUCUGUUGCCCAAUGAAGCUUUGGCUCAAACAUGGACAUUCUGUCCUAGAGAGCAGGUCAAGUACCUUCUGCGGAGUUCAGUGACAGUGUGGAGGGAUCAAGAGCUCCUGGAUGACACAACGCCAAAGAGCAUCCGCUAUGUUCUGCGGGUUAUUGGGGAGGGAUCGUUUGGCACUAUAACAGCGCAAGAGGAACAAGUGGAUGUUGGCAACAUCUUGGUUGGCAGCACAAAGUCUUGUGAAGUCACUUUAUUUAAUAAUGGGGCCUGCUCCUUACUGUAUGUUCUCAGUGUAGAACAGAUGAUCACUGGACCUUGUGACCCUGAGGAAGUGGCUUCUGACCUGUUAGCCAUUGAACUUGACCACUGCAGAGGAACAGUGGCUGCUCGGGGGAAGAUCUUUUUGCGAGUAACUCUUCGGCCGGUGCGGCGGCUGCACUACACCUGGACCAUCAGCUGUGCUAUUUCCACCCCCAGAGCUUCAACUCCCCUUGGGGAAAAACAGCCGGUUUGCCGUGUGGUAGCAACAGGCAUUUAUCCAUCCAUCUGCAUCACGGAUGCCUGUGGUAUCGGCAGUGCCUGUGGUAUCAGCAAGCUGCAUCUCUGGCGCCUUUUCUCACUGGACACCCUGAACCAGUAUCUGGAGCGAGAUCCAACACCACAGGAGCUUACUUUCAGGGUGCCUACCCGCCACAGCAUUCAGCGGAUCCCUCCGGUGUACACUCCUGUCAUGCUGGAUUUUAACUUUGGUGCAGCCCCUGUCGGAUGUGAGCCCUCUGUGGUUGUUCUGAUGCUACAGAACAAUGGGGUGAUACCUGUAAACUGGGCCUUCUUGUUUCCUUCUGACCAGAAGAUUGAUAUGGAAUACUGGGCAGAAAGUGCUGAGUUUGACCCCAGCGAGUUACACCAGAUGCGGAUCCAGGAUAAUCAUCUUUUUACUGUCUCUCCCAAGGCAGGAAAACUUCUCCCAGGGCAAGAGCAAAUGAUACACCUAUCCCACAGACAUGAUUUCACUGGCACCGACCGGCUCCCAGUCCUGCUGAAGGUCUCUCAUGGUCGAGAAAUUCUGCUGAAUUUCAUUGGUGUGACACUGUGUCCGGAGCGCCAUUACAUCCACUUCACCUCAACCAAACAUGUUUUCACACCUAUUGCAAUUGGCACAUACGACCCUCCCAAACAGAUUUAUGAGCUGUAUAAUGGAGGGGCAACAACAGCUGUAUACGAAAUCCAGGUGGAUGCUCUGUUGAAAGUACAGGAAGAAAACCACAAGCAUGCAGUGUUUAUGUGCCUGAACCCAAAAGGAGAGAUUGGUCCAGGCUUAACAGCCCACACUGAGUGGAUCUUUUCUCCACUGGAAGCCAAAAUGUACUCGGUAGAGGUGCCCAUCCACAUCCUUGAAGGGGACUCUGCUCUGAUUACCUUCCAAGGAAUAGGCUUUGAUCCACAUGUGAUGGGAGAGACAGCACAGUUUGACAAAGUGGUGUCUUCUGCUACAACACCAGGCUCUGCCAAAUUAAUAGUGCCUGGUCUAACAGUUUACUUGUCUCAGCCCCGGAUUUGUCUGGGUAACAUCCCUGUCUACAGCAAAUGCAGCCGCCUUUUCUUUCUCAACAACGCCUCUGAGAAUGAGGCCAUUGUUUUUGCUUGGCACACUGGGAUUUCAAAUGCUACAGCGGUAUUGAAUAUCACUCCAGAGACAGGAAUUGUGCAGCCUGGAGAGAGCACUCACUGUGUUCUCACCCUGUAUGCCAGUGAAAAUCCAUGCUUCUACAAUGUGGAUCUGAUCUGUGAGAUUUUUACUCAGUAUCCACUAGAUCACUAUGAGAAAGAGUUACAGGAGUGGGAAGCUGAGAAGGCACGACAAGCUGUAGAGUUCACUAUCACAGAGAAAGACCUGGACGUAAAGAACAACCACAAGCAACCUUUCAAGGGGGCUCCAAACCCUCUGGGAUUUGCAAAGUCUUCUAAAGUGCUUACAGAGGCCCAGAAAUACAAGACUCUUCCUCCCAUUAAGAACAUCCAGGGGCCUCACCCUCCAGCAAGCCGCAGUGAGAGGAGGAAAUUAAGAGACAAAGAGGCCAGUAGGCUGUGGGCCAAACCGGAGCCCCCCAAGCCCUUCCUCAUACACCUUGGGGUCACAGCCAGAUCCCACUCAAUGGAUGAGUUCCUGACCAACUUUGCAGAUGACUUACCCCAGCACUUCCUGUACCGCCAAACUAAGAAGAAAUCAGCAAGCAGUGGUGCCACAGAGAGGACCUCUGUGAACAGGGGCAAAAAGAAGAAAGAGCCCACAACCAUUCCAAGUUGGACAGAACUAGCAAGCUGUACAGAACAGGAGGCCCAGCUAGUGACGGACAUGUUGUCCACAGUAAUAAAAGGUUUGCUGGAGGAGACCCAAUUCCAAGAAGCCGUGAUCAGAAGCCUUGCAGAGCCCACCCCCUACUUCUGCCAGUUUUGGAGUCCAGAGUCAGCCAAACAGAAGCACAGCCCAAGUGGCACCUCCCCAGCAGCUUUCUCUCCAGAGAGCAGCCCUAAGUGUAGGGUUGAAAGUGAAGCUUCCGAGGGGGAAAAGGCAUCUCCUGCAGGCAGCUCAGAUGCUCAAGAGAGUGUCAGUGUCAUUAUUCGCAAGGAACACUUUCGUGAACAGAAGGAAGCCAUUAUGAGGAUGCCAGCAUUUGCGAAUCUGACAGAGACGGUGCUGGACAAUACCAUCCAGAACAUUCUAGUGGAGGCCAGUCGUGGAGAGGUGGUGCUGACAGCACGACCCAGAAUCAUUGCACUCCCUCCCCUUUUCGCUCAAAAAGGCAUCAGUCCCAUCGUUUCGAUGAUCCACAAGCCCUCUUUGGCCCAGCCUUCUACCGGGCCACUGGUCAACACUCUCAGAGAAACGAAGGACUGUGAGGGGCAGCGACACAUUGUCUUACCCCCCUAGGAGACGUCAGGGACUUUGAUACCACCCAGGUCUUGGGUUUGUGGUAGGCUGGCCCCUGGAUAUGAGCCACAGAACUGCUCUGCUUUGGAAAGCUACUGCAUUGCAGCAGGCUCGAAGGGGAGACGGCUUGCAUCAGAACUUGCAGUGGCCCUGCCUCAUGCCACAAGGGCAGAAGAUCUGAUCCUGUGACGUUCGAAGCAAAGUGGAAGCAGUUCCGGCUGUACCGUGUGUGAAAGAGAAUGAGGUUUUUCAAAUGAGGACGACUCUGCCUGCCUUUUUGCCAGCUGUUGGUGUUGUCAGUGUUCACAUUUAUUUCCAGCAGGGGGUGUUGCAGGAUUCUACAUAGUGUUCUAGCUGGGGUUGGUGCAAGGUCUCUUUCCCUCUGCUCCCCACGGUGCCUCCAUGAAAAUGAAAUGAUGACUGCCAGACAAAAAAGCCACUGAUAACCCAGGUUAGGAUGCAACUGCUUAAGACGGAGGGUAUGUAUGGAGAGAUAUUUUCCUCCCUUUCCAGCUUUCAGUCAACCCAGUGUUUGACAGUGAUGGGCAUGACAUUCAAAGAAAGGACCAGAUGAAUAGACUAGAAACAUUAACAGAAUUAAUUAAUUAAUUAAUAGAUGUGAUCAGGUUUUUGGCCCACUCCACUAAGUGCUGUGUUAGGAGCACAGGUCCCUGUGUUGCAAAUUUCACAAAGAUGCAAGUAGCUGCUCAGCUGGCCUGUCCCCUUCAUAGAUUCCUUAAAGGUCUGUUGUGAGACCUGUUCCUGAAUUUGCCGGGGACACUUAGAAAUCAAACGAUAUUCUUCCUAUGGGAUGAGUAGAACACUGAUGAGUAGAAAAAGGAACUUUUUUUAUAUAAUUAGUUUUUUCACUACUUCAUUCCUCAUUGUGACCUUAUAGCCCUCUACCAUAUACUCCUUUGUCUCCUCUCAAGAACCUGCAUAUAUUUACCAUGAAUUUAGUUAUCAGAAGCCUUGAUGAUUUCUCUUGUUUAUUUCCUUGAU